CGGUACGUAUGGUUUUCUACGACUAUUUUCUCUGACACGCCGUGACAUAGCUACCUACUUCGCGCACAUUCGCCGCGCGCGCAGUCACCUGCAGACCGCCGUUGAUCCCGCGCGUAAACAACCCAAGAUGCCGCGCGCGCGCCUAACCGAUCGAUUCGAAAUUUGAAUUCUCGUUUUAGGCGUUUUUUGGAAGUGAUUCGUGCCAGUGUUUUAUAGUGGGUUUUGAUGCAUCGUGAAAUACAGUGAUUUGUUUAUGUGAACUUUAGUUAAUAGAUUUGACAAACCCAGUGAUGAAGAUGUGAUAGUAACCACACCGGACUAAAUAAGAGAUCGACAAAAUGUGCAGCAAGGACCAGAUUAACCAUAUACUCGGGAAGAUCAAUGUGGGCCUGCCGUCGUGGUCGCGCGGGCUGGAGGCCGCAGAAGCAGCCCGCGCGCGCCUCGUGCGCUGGGCGUGCGGCGAGGCGCCCGAGGAGCCCCCGCGCAAGAAGAUGCCUCACGCGCUGCGCAAGCGGUGGCCGCUGUGCCCGUGUCUGCAGAAUGACGAGCCUCCAGAGAUCACAUACUGCGUGGUGGGCGGCACGGGCGGGCUGGCGCUCCAGGCGGUCACGCCCACCCAUCCCAUGCCGCCGCAAGAUGAGCUCGACGCCAAGUUCGCAGAGCUGGUGGAAGAGCUGGACCUGACAGCAGUCAACAAGGCCGCCAUGAUGGAGCUACCAGCCGCAAAGAAAUGGCAGAUCUACUGCAGCCGACGACCGCCGCCGGGCGUGGUCAUGCCAAUGGGCACGGCGCCACAAGUCGAGGAGUACAUUAAGGCUCUCAACGAGAUCGCUGACGCGUUCGCCUCAUCGGAAGGUCUUGUCGCCCCAGAAUCCUGCGCAUUGCUCGACGGCUUAAAAACUGCGCUCCGUACCCGCGCCCACAGCUUCGUACUGCGCUUCGUGAAACAAGGCGGUCUUGGAGCCUUAUUAGAUGCCCUUCAGCGGGCGCCUCGGGACGACGCCAUCAACAGGCAUAACCUCAUUGCCGGGAUCAAGGCCCUGAUGAACAACUCGACGGGCCGCGCGCACGUACUCGCGCACCCGACCAGCAUCGACCUGAUCGCGCAGUCCCUGGACACCGAGAACGCCAAGACCAAAGUUGCCGCGCUGGAGAUCCUCGGCGCCGUCUGCCUCGUGCCUGGUGGUCACAAAAAGGUACUAGAAGCAAUGGUCCACUACCAGAAGUACGCAGCGGAGCGCGCUCGUUUCCAGUCCAUCAUCAACGAACUGGACCGCAGUACGGGCGCCUACCGAGACGACCUCGGCCUCAAGACUGCUAUUAUGUCCUUCGUGAACGCUGUUCUGAAUUACGGUGCUGGAGAGGAUAGCUUGGAGUUCCGACUGCACUUAAGAUAUGAGUUCCUGAUGCUGGGAAUACAGCCUGUUAUCGAGAAACUCCGCAAAUACGAAAAUGAAACACUCGAUCGGCACAUAGACUUCUUCGAAAUGAUCCGCAACGAGGACGAGAAGGAACUCGCCAGGCGGUUCGACAAACAGCACGUCGAUACGAAGAGCGCUGGUACAAUGUUCGAGUUGCUUAGAAGGAAAUUGAGUCAUACUGCGGCUUAUCCUCAUCUGCUGUCUAUGCUGGAGCAUAUGCUGCUAUUGCCCUUGGAAUACAAUCCCCAUGCGCAACACUGGCUCCUCCUCGACCGUGUCGUCCAACAAAUCGUCCUCCAGCAACCCAACGCCGGGAGCAGAUCCACCAGCUCCCAGGAGACGGACCAGGACGACCGCAGUGAUAUCAACAAGGUGUACGAUCCCGACGUAGCGCCUCUCGAGAUCAACGUGACGGAGAUCGUGCAUCUCCUCGCCAAGGAGGAGGAGCUGCUCGCGGCCAGGACCAAGGCCGACAACCUGGAGAAGGAGAACGUGGACCUCGCCACGGAGUUGGCCAAAAAGGAGAAGCAAGUGGACCAGCAGAGCCAGGAGCGCGAGGAGCUGGAGCACGCGGUGGCGCGGCUCAAGGAGAGGCUCGAGAGGGAGACGCACGCGCACAUGGAGAGCUCCGAGAGGGCCAGGCAUUCCGCCGUGAGGGCUACGCAACUAGAACAACAGUUGAACCAAGAAAGAUCGGAACGUGCGAGGUUUGAAAAACUAGUCAGCGAGGGAAGCAUACCUGACGAUGCGAAGGUCAGCAACCUCAAGAGCGCCGUCAUCGAAACCUGCAGCGUCCCUCCCCCACCACCUCCCCCAUCCCUCUGCCCGCCGCCCCCACCAGCCCCCAUGCCCCCUUCAGCCCCCAUCCCCCCCGCCCCACUAGCCCCCAUGCCCCCGAUGGCCCCCAAGCCCAAGAAGAACGUGCCGACCCCCGGCAACCCCCUGAAGAGCUUCAACUGGAGCAAGUUGCCGGACACGAAGCUGCAUGGAACUAUCUGGCAGGAGCUCGAUGAUACUAAGCUGUAUAAUGCUAUGGAUUUGAAUACGAUUGAUAAGAUGUUCUGCGCGUAUCAGAAGAACGGAGUGCAGAAUGAGGGUUCAGUAGAAGACCUAAGACAACUAGGUUCAAAACCUCGCACGAAGAUCCUAUCAGUCAUAGACGGUCGCCGCGCUCAGAACUGCACCAUCCUGCUGUCCAAACUAAAGAUGUCCGACGAGGAGAUAUGCCGAGCGAUCCUGCGUAUGGACAGCGGUGAACAGUUACCCAUUGACAUGGUAGAGCAGCUGGCCAAGUUCACGCCGAGCGCCGAGGAAGCGGCAUUACUGGAGGAGCAUCAAGACGAGCUCGACAACAUGGCGCGCGCCGACCGCUUCCUUUACGAGAUCUCCAAAAUCCCUCACUACUCGCAGCGCGUGCGCACGCUGCUGUUCAAGAAGAAGUUCUCCGCGGCGGCGGGCGAGGCGUCCGCGCGCGCCGCCACCGUGCUGCGCGCCGCGCGCGACAUGACGCGCUCCCGCCGCCUGCGCGCGCUGCUCGAGGUCGUGCUAGCUCUGGGCAACUACAUGAACAGAGGACCACGCGGCAACGCAUCCGGUUUCCGGUUGUCGUCGCUCAACAAACUCGCCGACACCAAGUCCAGCGUCACGCGCAACACCACGCUCCUGCAUUAUCUCGUGGAGCUGCUGGAGACACAGUUCAAGGAUAUCCUACUGCUGGAGGAGGACCUGCCCCACGUGCGCGCGGCCGCCAAGAUCUGCGUCGAGCAGCUCGACAAGGACGUCGGCGCGCUCAGGACCGGCCUCAGGGAGGUGCAGCGCGAGGUGGAGUACCACCUGUCGCUGCCCGCGCCGGCGCCGAGCGACGCCUUCCUGCCCGUCAUGCGCGACUUCCACGCGCACGCCGUCUGCUCCUUCACGCAGCUCGAGGACCUCUUCCAGGACAUGAAGAGUCGCCUGGAAGCGUGCGCGCACGCCUUCGGCGAGGAGACCAGCGCGUCUCCGGAACAACUGUUCGGGGCCCUGGACCAGUUCCUCACGCAGCUGCUCGAGGCCAGGGCCGAGUGCGACGCGCAGCGACGCCGCCGAGAUGAAGAGGAGCGCCGCACCAGGCACGAGCAGGAGCUCAAAAAACGCACCAUGGAGCGCAAACAAGCCUCCAGCCUCCUCAGCUCCGUCGGCAAGUCGCUCGGCAAGUCCAACGCGGACUGCAACGGACACAGCGACUCCUCCCGGGACUCCACCCUCACCAACGGACAGAAAGGCGAGUUCGAUGACCUUAUCUCUGCAUUACGAACGGGUGAUGUCUUCGGAGACGAUGUGGCUAAGUUUAAAAGGUCCAGGAAGACUUCCAAAGCGCAGAAAGGACGAGAUUCACCGCCCAGAGGCGUCUGCAGGGAAGAUUCUAGAGAGAGAUCUAAGAACUGAAGGAAAGGAAUGGGCCUAGAGAAGUGAAGUGUUUAUAGAAAACGACAAUCGAAAUUUAACCCACAGUCAAAAACCUCCAAGUUCCAGGGCAUUUUGACAUUUCAUAUGGAUACUUUGUAUGAAUUCGCGUCCAUCGGACUUAGAUAUAAGUUUUCUAGCGACGAGAUAUCACUAGCGGACUCGGUGGGUGAAAAAAUAUGCAUUUGACUGAUGAUUUGACUUUGUCCCAUCUAUCAUUAACAUUUUUACUUUUUCGAUUUAGUUUGUCGAUAAAUUAUUGUCAUUGACUACGGCCUCAGAAAGGUACUUAAUGCGUGUGAAAAAAUGGCGUGCUGAUAGAAUAGCGCCUAUUUGCCAUUUGGCAUUUCUGCAUGAUUCUAAAGAAAUUAUGCCAAAAGGCUUUGACGCUCCGCCGCUGGCGGGUAGAAGAUUUUGGAACAAGAAUUAAAUGGGUGGAUCAAUUAUUUAUUAUUAUCAUUGUGACCAGUCAGCCAGAAGAAAUAGUAGCACUGUUUGUUGGCUGAAAAAAAACUGUACCACGUCAUACUCAGUACGGGCUAUUGCAGAAAGUUGUACCUUUUACAAGGGUUUUAAGAGUGAUUUAGGGGAGUGUAACGAUGGCGCUCGUUGCCAUGGUGACAAGAGAGAUUCCCCCAAUAGUAGGAUUUGGGAUCAGUAAGCUCAAGUAGUCGCAAGUGUAAAUAAAGUUAACCAUGUGAGCGUAAAGUGUGUUUCAAGGGUCGCAAGUGUGACAACGAAUUGUGAAAUCCGAUGCCAUUUUAUUUUCUAAUCAAUCUGGUGCCUAAUUUUGAAUUUUAAACGGUUUCAUUGUCUCUUCCAACGCGAACUGAACCAAGACUGUACGUUAUUCCAUAGACUUUGAUUUUAGAACGUUAACUAUAAGCGUUUGUGUGAUUUGAAUAACCAUAGAGUAGCGUAUUGUUUUUUUUUUACUCGAAUUUUAUAAGUAUUUACAGUAACUAUACAUCUACCGUCAGUUUUGUGACUCACGGUUGGGGAAAUAUAUCCUAGACCAUUUUGGCUUGCAUUUUAAUCUAUAUUUAGAUCUAGGCCAUUUUCAUUAAUGUUUAGCGUAAGAGAAAUAUUGUUUUCUCCAACUGUCAGAUCAUUGUAACCCCAUAUAAAGUAAGGACGCCGAGCACGUAGAAUUUCGUACAAAUACACGCGCAUGAUCAUACACCGGGGUUUUCGGUGCGGGAAUGUUUGACAUUAGCCAAAGUAUUGACUUAAAAAACAGAAUGUACUCUAGCAGGUUUCUACCUAAUGAAUAAUUAAUUAAACAGAAGAUUAAAUUAAAAAUUAUGUUUUUUAUAUUUAAACAAACUUUGCUACAAAGUGAAACACAUUUUUCUUUUCACCACACCGGCGCUAGUAAAAUUCUUACUGUAGAACAUUACAAAUUAAAUCCAAAUUUUAACGAACGUUAUUUAAUACCUAUCAUUUAAAAGUCAAUUCUACUCGCCGACAUCAGAAAUCAACUCAAAUUUGCAUCAAAUUACUUCUCCACUCUUGUGGAUAAAAUGCAACUUUCUCUUCCGUUUUUGAAACAUAAAGGGGGUCUUUACGAGCUUGUGUAGUUAAAAUAAAACUGUAUUAGUAAGUAUAAAAUUCACAGAGGUUGUUAUUCAUUAGGUAUAAUAUGAGGUUUACUCUGACUGGUUUAUCUAUCUUACUCAAAUCAUUCUCGCAUCAAAAACCCCGAUGUAUGCGCAUUGCGCAUGUCAUUGCUGUCCUGCCGGUGAUGCGGACGGUCAAUGCAACUAUGUAAAUGGGAUAGCAAUAUCAUUACGCGCGUGUGAUAGAGAUAGCAACAGGCGGGUAUAUGUACGAUAUUCUUCGCGCUUAGCGUCCAUACUUUAGCCUAAUUAUUACAGUAUUUUAACAUAUCCAUGUGGAAUUUUGGACGAGUAUUGCUUAUUCUCUAUGUGUGACUGUUAGGGAAUUGACUGUAUGCGAAGAUUCUUCGAUUGUAUAAGAUAAAUAAAGUGAAAAUCCGUACUUCAAUUUGACAGCUAAUGUAGAUGGCGCUAUACGUCUCCGUUCACAAUGCGAUAACUUUGGUUGUCAAUUUAAUUUUUGAUAAUUUAGUUACUUACCAUAAAAAAUGGCCCUGCCUGUGAAGCCGAUAGUCCUGAGGUCGAAUCCCGGUAACCGAUUUUAUUUGUGUGAUGAAGAUGAACACAGAUAUUUGUACCUGAGUCAUGGGUGUUUCCUAUAUGUAUAUAAAGUAUGUAUUUAAUCUGUAUAGGUAUGUAUAUCAUCGCCUAGCACCCAUAGUACAAGCUUUGCUUAGUUUGGGGCUAGGUUGAUCUAUGUAAGAUGUCCCCUAAUAUUUAUUUAUUUAAAAAGGCCCGUAAAGCGCUAUCUAUUUAUGCUGCCAAACUUGUGUAGAUUUUUCAUACUGUACAUCUAUUUUACGAUGAAUAACCCUGUCGUAUGCUUCAUGUAGCUUUUCAAUCUCGUACCCAAUAGGGCCACUCAGCAAGCUUCGUGGCCUUAUCACGGUACUUAUGUAACUGAGAAUCCUUAAUAUAGGAAUUGACUGUAUAACGUGCUGAUAAGGUUUUGACAUUUUAAUACUUUGAUAACAAACUUUUGGAUACAUUUACACCGCACCACAAACAUUUGUGACGUCCUAGGGAUAAAGGUACCUUAUGGCGGUUGCCGCUUACGCUAUUAUUAAGCUACUAUGAUUACGCCAGCCGCCAUAAGGUACAUUUUCCGUGGAACUUCACAUUUUAAUUUUAUUUUAUUCUGAUCUUAUUGUAAAUAUAAUUUUAAUUUAUCAAAAUUUGUUGAGAUUUUAAUAAGUAAUUUAUUAAAAUGCGUGUCUAUGAGAGUUUAAUUGUAAAUUUUAUGUUUUGUUCGGUAUUUAUUAAGCGUAUAGCUGUGCAUGCAACCAAGCGUCUUGUCUCAAAUGUUUCCAAGCCAAAAUAUACUUUAAAUUUGAACAUUUAAAGUCUAUUUUGCUGUUACCAUUUGGUACGAGACGCAAUGAUACGUGUUGUUGACUGUACAUUAAUAUAUUGUACCUUAAUAUAAACACUAUUAAAUAAAAACUUGAAACACUAA